AUGCUGUUCCGCACAAGCUGUGCUCGACUGCUGUCGAGGCCGUCACUGUCACUAGCACACACAAUGCCUCUGCGCUCAAAGAUCCUCAAUCCCGCAUUCACAAAGAUGUCAAUGUCCACGACGACAGCCGAGGCAAAAAAGGUGCUCCCUGAAGAGAACCCCGCCGACGACGUCCUCUUCAACUCCAUCUUCGGCGUCCGCACAAUCGAGCUGAACCGCCCCUCGAAACUCAAUGCGCUCAACAAGUCCAUGGCCGAGAAAAUCGUGCCGCGCCUGCAAGAAUGGGAAAAAUCCCAACUCGCAAACAUCAUCAUCCUCAAGGGCCAUGGCGGACGUGCCCUCUGCGCCGGCGGCGACGUCGGUGUCCUCGCGGCCCUUAACAUGACGGGCGAGGAGGGCAUCGCACAGUCGAUCGCGUACUUUGGCCUCGAGUACCAGCUCGACCAUCUGAUUGCGACCUACACGAAGCCGUAUGUGGCCUUCAUGGACGGCAUCACCAUGGGCGGCGGUGUCGGGCUUAGUGUCCAUGCGCCGUUCCGUAUUGCGACCGAGAACACCCGGUUUGCGAUGCCCGAGACUAAGAUUGGGUUCUUCCCGGAUGUCGGGGCGAGCUUCUUCCUGCCCAGGUUGGAGGGGCAGGUCGGCACGUAUCUCGCACUGACGAGUGAGCAGUUGAAGGGCGUGCAGGCUCUCUACGCCGGCAUCGCAACCCACUACAUCCACUCCUCCAGUCUCCCCGACCUCGAGGCCCGUCUCGCCGAGCUCACAUUCGACGACCUCGCCACCUCGCGCGAGAAAUGGAGCAUCAUCGACAGCACCAUCAACGAGUUCAGCACGGGCCUCCCCGACGAGCCCAUCCAGCUCGGCGGCGAGAUGCGCAAAUCCAUCGACGCCUGCUUCGCGCACAACACCAUGGAGGAGAUCAUCGCCGCGCUGCGCGCCCACAACACGCCCUGGGCCGAGCAGACGCUCGACACGCUGCUGCAGCGCUCGCCGACGUCGCUGCGCGUCACGCUGCAGCUGAUGCGCCUCGGCACGGGCUACGAGUGGACUAUCGCCGAGGCGUUCCAGCGCGAGUAUGCGGUGGCAUCGCACUUCAUGAGGCAUCCGGACUUUGUGGAGGGGGUUGAGCAUGUGCUGGAGAAGAAGGAGGGCCCACCGAAGGAGGGCCCACCGAAGUGGACGCCGCCGACGCUGGAGGAGCUCGGCGAGGAGCAGGUGAAGGCGUUUGUGAACCCGGCGCCGGGGGAGCAGAGGUUGGCGCUGUUGAGGGAUCCGGGGGUCGCGGAUUAUGAGAGGUAUCCGCAUGAGGGGGUGGUUGGGCUCCCGACGGAGGCGGAGAUCAGGAGGCUGGUGGUGGGACAGAAUACGUGGGUGAGGGAGGAUGUGGUGAGGCAUUUCGUGGAGAGGAGAGGGGGGAGGGAGGGCGUGGAGCAGAAGGUGAGGGAUGUGGUAGAGAGGAUGACGUGGGAGGAGCAUGGCAUGGUGAGGUGGAGGGACUGA